AUGGCAUCUUUGGACACGUUGGAGAAGCGUCUAGGAUCUUUACAGAAGCAGAGAGAAGCAGUAAAAUACAGACUGAAGGCACUUUCAGCUCGUCAGUCAGAAAUCACUAAAAAGUCCUGGGAGAUCAGAGAGAGCAUCAUACAGAAGUACCAGGAGAUCCAGAGCGUCCUAAAGGAGGACCUGAGGAUUACUUUGUCCCAUCUGGAGAUGGAAGAACGAGCUGCUGUCUCGGCUUUGGACGUGCUCAUGGAGAGGAACUGCUGUCUGAUCCAGGAACUAGAGCAGGACCUCGCCAGGUUCUCGUUAGCUCUGAACCAAGCAGACACAGAACCGGACACAAUGUCUUUCUUCUCACUUCCUGAGCAGGAUGAGAUGGACAUGGUGGACAGAGUGAUGGAUCUGCUCGACCAGUCGGACCCGAGCAGCGUGAAGCUGGAUGAAUCUAAGGCUAAUCAGAUCCUCGGCCUCACCAACAGCAUGCUUCUGCUUGUCUGCUCACAGACCCCUUUGAUGAAAAAGCUCCUCAAGAGCUAUUCCAGCGAGGUGAACCUGGAUCCAGAAACAGCCCACCCAAAGUUGCUCGUCUCCCGAGACGGUGACCGAGUUGCCUUCACAGACACCUGGCAGCAACUCCCUGAUCUACCUGAACGCUUUGAUACCACUCUCAAUGUCAUCAGCUCGCAAGGCUUUGUCUGUGGUCGCCAUUACUGGGAGAUUGAGGUGACUGGGAAAACUUACUGGGAGCUUGGAGUUACCUACCCCACCAUCCCCCGCAAAGGCACCUCGGAGGACUGCUGGCUGGGCAGAGGACACGACUCCUGGUGCGUGGAGUUUUUCAAUGGGGAAUACACAGCCUGGCAUGGGGGGUUGCCUCACCAGCUGCCUUUUACGAAACAUUUUGGUCGGAUUGGAGUAUUGUGCAGUUUCCCGGCGGGGUUGGUGACUUUUCUCGAGGCAGACAAAAUGACACCCCUUUUCACUUUCUGUGCCGGAACCUUCUCAAAGUGCCUCCACCUGGCCGUGUGUCCUGGUCACGACCACAAAGGCAACAAUUUAAACCCAAUUGUGAUCUGCAACGCUUCGUCUCCUACCAGUGACCUCUAGCUCUGCAGGAGUUUAGCAAGCUAACAGUCUUAAACAUCUACAGAUAGUUCACUUUUGGAAUUUUACCUGAUUCAGAAUGACCACCAUAGCUACUAGACUUUAGAAAUGCAAAUGUGGCUAUGCUCAAAUUUGGUGUGUCGGUGGCUGAGAGUCACAUACUCGGUUUAUCGACUCAAGAUUGUUGUUUGAAACUUACACAAUACGUGCAAACUGAGUCAACCCUGUUGUUUUAAAAAUACGAAAUGAACCACUUGACUGUUUUUAAUAAACUUUCAGACAUUAAUCAUUGGAUUAAAACUACAACAAAUGUUUGUUGACGGAUUAAGAUGGCCAUUUUAAACACAGCAGUGGCCAUUAGUCAGUCAGUUUUAAAGCGACUGAGGUAUAUAUUUGUGUUUCUAACAUCUCCAAGAGCUUUGGAUUGGAACAUUAACUAUUUGAGUCAAGGAUUUUUUGAAAGUAUCCAACUGAUUCGACAUCAGCAAUUUACCAAAAACCACCAGGUUCACUGAGAAUCCUUUUUUCAUUUUGAAAUAUGAUCGGUCACUCUGAGUUUAACAUGCAGGCUAAAUGUGAAAAUAGUAUUCUACCCCUAUUUCCUGCAUCAGCCGCCGAUCGAACAUAGAUGGAAAAAUGUUUGGCUCAGAAAGCCAGUGACAAGUUAGCAUUCAUGGUCUCAUGUAAUGCUUUAGCAUCCAGGAUAGAACAGAGCAUGUCUCGGCUAGGAAAAGUUAACUGUUAGCAUUAGCAACCACACAACUCGGCGGAACCCUGCCAGGCUUGUGUUAUUUAGGGAAAUAAAACACCCUCUCACAGCGCCGAGUUUACUCAGCUAUUUGCCGACCUUGAAGCCCAGAAACAGAGAUUUUAACCGCUCAAUAAUGUGUUCACGACUGAAAGAGAAAGUUUUCCAACUAACUUCCAGACAGAGUUGAUAAAACUCUAGCCAGGGGCGGAUUUAGCAAUUUGGGGGCCCAAGGCGAACACAGACAUGGGGCCCCCUUACACUAACAUUUCGACAAUCUUAUCUUUAACUGGAUUUGUGAAACUCCCCUUUUCUGACAUGAGUUAUUUUAUCUUUUUAUUAGUCCUCGUCUUUUUUCCUGUCUUUCUAUUCCUUUGAGAGCCUUCAAUAUUUGUUCUGAUUUCUUCUUAUUGUCAGUGCUCCUGUGCUUUUGCCUUUCUUUCUUUUUUUCUUCUAUUUUCCAUUUUGGUCUAUGUUUUCCUCCCUUUAAACAUUUUCCAUUGUCUUUCCUUUCUGCUUCCUUUUGAUGUUUACAUAGAAAAACAACGUCACUUUUGGAAGUGAAGAUAAACGACUUUUUAAAGCAAGCUGCUUCUUUCUCUUAUUGGAGCCACUAGGAUAACUCCAUUUCAUGCUUAAUGUUUUGACUACCGCGUCGAGUUUGUUAUGAACGCUCCCGCCUCUCUUCAUCUUUUUCUGUUUUCUUCUCUUCUAAUUUGUGGUCUUAAGGCACUUGGCAAACAACAAUUUGGUGCAUUACUGCCACCAACUAAAUUGGAGUGGAAUGACUACCAAUCACUUCCUGUUUGUGCAUCGACAUCUUAAAGCAGGGGUGUCCAAUCAUGGUCCUGGAGGGCCGGUAUCCAGCAGGUUUUGCUGUUUUUCUACUCCAAUAGACUUGAUUCAGUGGUUGAAACACCUGUGCAGCUCAUCAGGCUCUACAGAAGCCUGUUAAUUAGCUGCUGAUUGAAAUCAGGUGUGAUGAAACAGAGUUCAAACUAAAACAUGCAGGACACCGGCCCUCCAGGACCAGGAUUGGACACCCCUGUCUUAAAGGAAAAGUCCACUGUGGCAUUAACAGCGAAGUGCCACCAGUCAGGGCUAGGGGCCCCCCAACGUAAGGGGGCCCCAGGCGGCCGCCGACCUAUGCCUAAUGGUAAAACCGCCACUGACUCCAGCGAGCAGCAACACGCUCAAAUCAGCAUGACUCUGUGGCUGCUGUAGUUUUUAUUUUUCCUCCCCGACACACAACAAUGUGGUCAAGUUGCUCAGACAUGUCCAGCAGCACAAACCUAUGUGAGCAUCAUAGAAAAUCAGUGGAGUAAACUGAUGUAAUGGAUUACGUAGGGUUUUUCUACAUACUAGAAUCAACACUGUUUGCCAUCAGUUGCGGAUUCUGAGAAUGACCAAGCAAAUUAACAUAUGAAGCUUAUAUCAUGUAGAAAUAUCCAGGAUACUUAUACAAUCGAUGUAAGUUCAUACACCAACCUGUUUGGUCUAUUUUUAAUCCAAAUAUUAAUGUUUAUUUUAAGUUAAUUAAAUUUAAUAGCAAAAGUUUAUUUUUGAAUCAGAAGUUAGGAAUCUUUGCUUUUUCAACAACCAGAAAUAUUUAUACCUUUCUGUGUUCCAUUUCAAAGAAUGAGGCAAGUUUAAAAAUGAAGAAUUUAUUACUAACAAUUUUAAACUUGACAAUUUGAAAGGACAAUUUAUGACAAUAAAAAAUCACAAUAAAAAUUGACAAUUCAUGGAUGACAAUUUACCAGCUUUGAUAUUAAAACUUGUUUUAAAAGGCAAACCUGUGGCUGGAUGAAAGCUAAAUGGAAACACGCCCUCUCAGAGCAAGAAAACUUUGGUCAUGAGUCAAAAAACAUGUGAUGGCAGUUACCCUUUACUCUGGAUAAACUCUGUAUUAGAUGGAUAAGUGGAAGUUGACCUUCUGGUUACUGAACACACAUUAUCAACCAUAAUCAUAGUAAUCAUUAUUAUACCCAAAGCAUAAUAAUUCAUUUCAGUAAUUAAAAAUACAUUUAUACUGAACCAAGUGAUUAUUUAUGAUGAUUAUAAUAAACAGUAAUAAAGUCAAAGAGUCCUUCUUCUGGGACGGAACAGCAGCAGAUAAAGGAUGAUUCUUUAGACAUCAUGGCUCCUGGGUUAAUCUGUGGAACUAAAAGUUACAGUCUGACCCAGCUUGACCCAGCUGGGAAAGUGUGACCUUUGUCACAAAUUAGAGGCCCUUCAUCACGCUACAAUUAGAAUACAAUUUAAUUAAUGACCACAGACAUUAAAGAUUCAUAUCUGGUAUGAAUCCCAUCUAAUGGACACUGGGUUAUUUAAAUCAGAAGAUUGGAUCUUUUUAUUACAGGGAAAUUAAAUGAACACUUUGCAUGAACUGAGAGACAAGAGAAGAGAGAGAGACUUUCAAAAGUUUAAGAAAAUGUAUUACUAAAAUGAUUUUAAAUAAUUUAACAAGACUAACUCUCUAAUGAUGGAAGUUUGUUGGAAUGAAGUGUGAGGUGGAGUGUAUGUGGGUGCGAUGGCAAGUUCAGAACCUCCGUGUCCGGAGAAGCGAUUUCUGAGUGGGAUAUGAUGUUUUGCUCCUAACUGAUCAAGUUUGAACCGUGGUCAUAAACACAUGAGAUGCCAGUAUUGUCGCAUGCACAUACCCUUCAGUGAGACCUCUGUACAGAUCCAGAUGCCAGGUCCACGGACCCUCCUCUGGUACCGAAGUCGAUGAAACAGCGUCACAGCACGACAACACAGCGUCAAAAAGGGGACCCUCCUUGGGUCAGCGAGUUCAGCUUUUAUUCUGAAAGAACCGUUGUUGAUUGAUAAAAACAGGUUUUUCCCAGCUUAGUAGUUCUUAGCUUAAAAAGAAAGUAUAGAUGGCCUUUCCAUACUCCACUUAACAUGCGGUGAACUUCAGGGGAUCUUGAGAUCUUGUUGAAUACUGACUUAAAAUGGCGUUGGAACUGUUUUAUUAAUCUGGAUGUUUUUGAUUCUGGACGAAUCAAAGCUGACAGAUUAAAUAAACACCACAGAGACUCGCCAUGCUUCAGACGGGGAAGAUUCUGAUUGGAUCAGCAACAGCAAUGUGUCAUGUGAUUAUUUACCUUAGUGUAUGAGCGUGUCUAGUGACUAGAAUAAGUCAUUUACUUAUUAAAACAUAUUAAUCAUAAUAUUGUCCGACAGGGGUUUUUGUGUCAGUGUAGGUGAAACCUCCUCGACCUGGGCGGGACUCAAGUGGGGUGUGCCACAGGGGUCUGUACUGGGUCCGCUUCUUUUUGCCAUCUACUUACUACCGUUGGGGAAUCUUCUUUGGCGGUUCGGCAUGCGUUUUCAUUUUUAUGCUGAUGACUGUCAGAUCUACCUCCCCCUUCAGCGGGGGAUCGAUGGGUCAAUAUCAAAGCUUGUAGAUGCCUUAGAGGAUGUGCGCUCCUGGAUGGCUACAAACUUUUUACAUCUGAAUGAUGCUAAGACUGAAGUAAUUGUACUUAGCCCUGGCAUGUCUACACGCCCAUGCAAUGCUUUGAAUCUGGGCCCUUUAGCAUCCAACAUGAAGACCACCAUCUGAAAUUUGGGAGUGCAACUGGACUCAGCCCUUAAAUUCGACGCGCAAAUCAACCAGGUUGUGCGAUCGUCUUUUUUUUUUACUUACGCCGCCUAGCCAGAAUUAAGCCCCUGCUGUCCAGAGUACAUCUAGAGACUGUCACACAUGCUUUUGUUCUUUCAAGGCUCGACUACUGCAAUGCACUGUAUGCCGGCCUUAGUCAGGGUGCGGUAGCACGCUUGCAGUUAGUUCAAAACUCAGCCGCUAGGUUUGUGACAGGCACUAGGCGCAGGGAACAUAUCACCCCUGUGUUGGCAUCCCUUCAUUGGCUGCCUGUACAAUGCAGGGCAAAAUUCAAGGUCUUGGUACUGGCUUACAAGGCCUUACAUGGAACUGCUCCAGCAUAUCUUGGAAACCUUUUGCAUAGGGAUGCCCCCUCGCGGGCACUUCGCUCUGCCGGCAGGAAGCUGUUGAUCGUUCCACGCACUAAGUGCAGGUCACAGGGGACCGUGCAUUCUCUGUGUUGGCACCUGCACUUUGGAACCAGUUGCCUUUGGUGGUGCGUCAGUCACCCUCAUUGGGGUUUUUUAAGACUCGCCUUAAGACCCAUUUUUUUGUCAAGGCUUUUCAGGAUUAGCAAACUUUACCCGGUUUCGAUGUCCCGGUCUCUUAAUCUUUUUCUGGAUUUAAUUUUUUGCUUUUACUCUCCUCUUUUAAUUGAUUUCAUGAUUGUUAUAUUUUAUUCUGAUGGUUUUAUGUUUUUAUUGUGUUGUGUUCAGCACCUUGGGCAUCUGCAUUGGUCACAGAAGGGGCUUUAUAAAAAAAUGAAAUGAAAUGAAAUUGUGAUUUCACAAAUCUGUCACAUGGACUAACAGAUGUUUUGAUUAGCUUUAUUGAAAAUAGAGUUCUUUGGCUUUUAAUAAAAGAAAAGAAAGGAGUCUUCAUCUUCUGUCUUCAUUGCUGGAACGUUAACAGUUUAGAAGCAAAUGCAUGACCUUGAGGCUGUUUCAUGCACUCUGGCGCUGUGUCAAAAGGGAACAGUGGUUAGAGAAUAAUAACCCUGAGAAAUGGCUCCUUCAUCACGUUACUCUGAGCUUUAAAUGUUUUGGUUUUAUGCUCCUUUUCUGCUCUAAAACAGGAAAGUUAACAGGUGAGAUGUUGCAUUUUCAUUAAGAUAAAAUUAUAUUUUUAUUUUGUUGUUGGCCCGUGAGAAAAGAUUUAACCUACAGUAAACAGGAAGUGGAAAGGCUGCAGAUAGAUGAAUGGAAUAGAAAAUCCCUUUAUUGUUCCUAGUGGGGAAAGCUAGAUGUCACAGCAGCGAUGACACUUGUUACAGGAGAAAAAAAGAAAAAAAAAUAAGAAAAAUUAAUAAACAAGAAAACACAAAUCCUGAAUAGAUUUUAAAAAUGCUGAUUAUACCACAAGUAAU